AUGGCAAAGGAAUUAGAAUUUUUCCUUCGCGAAAAUGAAACCUACGACGAUUUUUAUAGUCGGUGCAAUAACUUAACACACUUCGACUGCAGCGAGGAGGAAAUGUUGUGGUGGAUGAUGGGUUCGCGUAGACUGCCGUUAAGUGAAAUUAUACCAAUCACUAUUGUUCUGGUGGUCAUAUUUUUAACUGGUGUCGUAGGGAACGCGUUUGUGUGCGUGGUUAUUGUGAGAAAUCCCGGUUUGCAUACAGCAACAAACUAUUAUUUAUUCAGUUUGGCCGUGAGUGAUUUAUUAUUGCUUUUGUUUGGUCUUCCUAAUGAUCUCUCCGUGUACUGGCAUCAGUACCCGUACAGUUUGGGAAUCGUGUUCUGCAAAUUGCGUGCUCUUAUAUCAGAAGCAGCAACAUACGUAUCUGUCUUAACAAUAUCAGCAUUUUCACUGGAAAGAUAUCUGGCGAUAUGUCACCCGUUGUACCUGUAUGCGAUGGCGGGCCUCACCAGGGCAUCGCGUAUUAUAUUCAUCUUGUGGAUCAUCUCUUUUCUCUGCGCUUCGCCGUUUGCCGUAUACAGUGAUAUCACUUACAGGGAUUAUCCUCCAAAUUCUGGUAACAUGUCACUAGACUCUGCUUUCUGUGCUUUGAUGGUCCCGUCACCUCUGCUGGAGUUAAGCAGCAUAUUCUUUUUCUUCGUGCCUGCUGUCCUAAUCUUAUGUUUGUAUGUGGCAAUUGGCCUUCAUAUAAGGUCAACAAAGGUUACCAAAAGGACGAGACUGAGUCUACUGAACGGUCACGUGCAUGGCGAAACGAAACAAGCAAAAUCCAGAAAAGCAAUAAUUAGGAUGCUUGUUACCGUGGUGGUUGCAUUUUUCGUGUGCUGGGUACCAUUCCACGUUCAGAGGCUUUUCUACAUCUACGGGUAUGACUUGCCAAAAUUCCACGUCAUCAAUGAACAUUUGUUCAACGUCGCUGGUGCUCUCUACUACGUGUCCGCUACCGUCAAUCCGAUCCUCUACAAUGUAAUGAGUGCCAGGUAUCGCACUGCGUUUCAUGAGACGCUGUUAUGUCGUAAACCGAAACGUCAUGAUUCCCAAAACUUCAAUAUGGACACCACUUGCCGCGACACUGUAGAGUUCUCAUCUUAUACAAAGUCCAAAUACAGAAACCAAGAAAAACGCGAAAGUAUCACUGUUAACAAAAUUGACUUUAUUAAGGAACCUUCGCCAUUUUGUGUGGGAGAAGCUAUUAAGGUCGCUGAAACGGCCGCGUAUUUCUUCAAUAAGGAAGAGAGGAGGAUCAAUUUAACUACGGAUGUUGACAUCGAAUUAAAUUAA